AUGUUGGGAACAAUUUUAAAAAGUCAAAACAGGCAGAGAAUGGUUUCGUUUCGUUUCGGUAACAGCAGCAACAAACAGAACAGAAUAGUGUUGAGAAACUAUUAUGACCGAGAACAUUAUACUAAUAAUUAUGAAAUAAUUAAGCCACAGCCAACAGUCCCAGGUGGUCACGUGCAAUGCUGGAGGGACAAAUUAACAUUUGACACACCAUUUGGCCUCUUAACCUUACAUUUUGAUGGCACAACAUUAACAAAAUAUUUCAUUGCAAUCCAGAUUAAAUUUGAAGAAGUUGAAUCAAUUUACGUAACUUAA